GUUGAAGAAGGCAAGCAGUGUAGCAGGAGCGCGUAAACGCCAUUUUAGUAUUAGUAUGUAUCGGUAUCGGUCGCGAAGUUGUGAGGACGGACGAACUGAGUAACCGCGCUGCAGGCGGUGCUGUGCAACCGGGCCAGCAGUGAGCAGUGUGUAGCGCGGCAGCUUUUGCAAUGUAGACCGCCAUGCCAACAGGUGGUUGCGCUACGGUACUCCACUGCACCGUUGCCACGGAUUCGUGACCAGAAUUUGCGGACCGACUGGCUAAAAAUAAAACCGUGUAUUGGUGCAAAUCAUGGUUAUACCGUUUCUGCCUUCGCCUGAUUUGUGAUUGCUGACGCCGCGAUGGUAGGUCCUGGUGCGUACACUGCUAGAAGGAAGCCAAGGGUGAUGUCUUGCACAUUUGAUGAAACACCAACUUAUUCAAAGCCGGAGAAGAAAGUAGGGCCGUUGACAGAUCAUCUGUUACCGACAAACCUGACACUAAAAUUCGAUACUAACGUCAGGUUGCAGAGGAACAGUGUGCUGACAACAGUAACUAUUUUAAAUGCGUUGGUUACUGCUGCGUUAAUCGUUGCUGCUGUCCCGACGAGUGUUUAUGUACAUACUGAACUUAAUAAUUCCCAGCAUAAAGUCCUAGUCCUUCAAGAGCAAGUAAAUUUCUUGACGGAUCGUUACGAGUACAUCCUAAAACAGUUGAGGUCAGUGAGGAUCCGAUCAAAAGGAAGUUCCUUAAAUGAAAAUUUAAAGCAAAGUAGUAAUAACGAAGAUUUUAUCAGUGCGCAACAUAAAUUUCCUAGUCAGUACAAGGAUGUUGAUUCUGUUAAUAGUGGAGAGCGGAGCCAGCACCUGCAAAUCAAGAAACCAAGUUUCGUGUCGAAAGACGUAGUGAAGGAGUCAUCAAAAGGUGCCCAGGCUACAGAGGAUACAUUUCCUCCAUUUUCUGAAGAGCCACACACAUCAAGAGCAGUGGCAGUGGAAUCUGACGGCAGUCAGUAUGGCACUCAUACACUGCGGAGGACUAAGCGUUCAGAUUGGAGAGGUAAACAGUCACUGAGGAAGCCUUCAAAUGGUGGACGUGGGCGACAGCGAAGGAGAGGAAAAUUUAGUGGUGCUGCUGUUGCACAUUUCAAGGGUGGGCAGCCAGAAACUUUCAUCAGAGAUGGAGGUAGUUUGGUUGCUCCAUGGUUCCUUGAUGAUGCUGCAUCUGGAAGAUUCAGUUUCUCAGCCUUCCAGCUGAAACAAGGAAAAGCAGCGGUUGAGGUGACAGAGAGUGGGCUUUACUAUAUAUAUUCUCAGAUCCAUUAUUUGACUUCACAAGUUACAAAUAGCUACUCCCUGAACUUAAGGCACGGUAGUCAGAGCAACUCCUCUGUCCUAUCCUACUGCAGUGCAAGUUCAGGUAGUCAGACUCUGAAUGAAGUGAGCUGCUUUACAUCAGUUGUCAGAUACCUCAAUUCCACAGAUCGCAUUUUCAUACAACAGAGAGACAUGAAUAGAAGAAUUAUUCUUAGAGAUGGAUAUAGUUAUCUUGGUGUUGUAAGGCUAAGUGCAUAAUUGCCCAAGCUUGAGAAUUCCAUUUUCACAGAGUAUGAAAUACUGCUCAAUGAAGAGCUAUGCUUAGAAGUGAAAAAGUGAUAUAUGCUUGGAGCAACAGUUUCCAAAAUGUCGCAGGUUCCGCUACAUUAAGCUGGUGAUAAUGCAUAUAGUUUUGGUUACAUUACUGAUGUCCAGACACUUAAUAGCCAAGAAUGUGGUGUGCAUUUAAGGUGAUCUCCUUCUUUUUAAAAUGCAAGGCUUGUGAUUAUAUUUGAGUGUAACUUGUUUUGUUUGAGAAUGAAGUGUUACUUAGAGACUAAAUGUAUGUGCUACACCUGUACUAGAGUUCAUGUUGUAGCUGAAUCAGUCACUGAAGUCCAUUAAAAUGGCUAGGAAGCAGUAAGAGAUUGACACUUACUGCAAAGACUGUAAAGAGCAAAAUGGUGAACACUUCCUACCAAAUGUGCUAUUAUCUCCAAAGUAGUUCACCCAAGUUAAAAAUGUAUUAUACUAUUUAGUUAUUAAGAUUGCAAUGGUGCUAAAUUAAUUACAGUGCAGAAGUACAAAUAUUUCAAUAAGUUGAAAGACCCAACUGUAAAUGUGCAUAUUUCUUUGCAUCAUUUUAGAAGACUAAAUAAUUAGUCAGGGUAAAUGAGAAUGUAUGUUUUAAAUUUAUUUUGUGAUGUAUCAGCUCUGGAGGAACAAUAUCCACUUAUACAGACAACAAAUUGUAUUCUUUGAACAAACUUUGAUUCUAAGUUCUUUUCGGGAAGUAUGUAUGGGUACAUUUGUGUUUCAAAUCCUACAUGGAAUAUCUAGCAACCUAGUUGGCAAAAAAUGCAGAAAGUCCACUUCCAAGUAGAAAAUACAGAAAGCACAGUUACAGAGAAUUGAUUCCUUCCUUAGUACUAUUCAUAUAAUAUUAACAGUUGUACUGUAGUAUUGAGACAGAUAUUCAAAAUGAGUAUCCAGAAUGGGUUGGCCAGUGUUUCAGUUGGUGUACAGAAAGAUAUUUACCUCUUAUGGAGUUGUACUCUCAGUAGCAAUUUCUGUUGGUCAAUCUAUUCAAAAAUUAAGUGUCUUGUAUGCUUGAGUCUCAACGGGCCAAAUAAUUAAAAUAAUAUACAUUUUUGUAAACUUCCUCCAUAUUCACCUUACUACAAUGUCAUCAUUUAAUCAUUGUUGACUUACCUGUGGGAAUGGACAGGGUGUCUUGAGAUGCUUCAUUUGUUAAGAGUACAAUCAUCAUUCAAUAGAUAGCAGAACAUUUUGGAGAAAUACAGUACUCUAGAGGAAAUGUGUACAGUUUUAUUGAUGCCAUGGAUACAAUUUGUUAUCCAGAAAAUUAAAAUGAGGUAAGGUACUCCGUUGAUUUAAUAGAUUGUGGCUACUAUCCUUAUGAUGUACCUUACUGUUAUAAGUUUCUGUUUACUGGUUAGCUUCAGCUGUAGAAUACAGAAAGUUCCAGGAAUAAGUUUCCUCUUUUCACUUGUUUGACCAUGCUAGUAUUGUGGGCAACAUAAAGGUAAAUGAUGGAUCACAUUUCUGGCAAAGAGUAGUCCAAAUGUUCAAUAUCACCAUAAUCAGAAAACAUUGCAGAGACAAAUUUUUUUGGGGGUUUAUUGAAAACUUAAAACUUGUGUAUUACACAGUAUUGUCUCUAGAUCAUUGUAUUUUGAGGUAGCAUACUUUGUACACUGAGUGUUGCUGUAAAUCCAAAUUUAUGUAUUUUGAGUGUCACAACAAAGCAUAUGAAGUGUUUGGAAGGAAACUUUCACCAACAUAAGUGAUAUUUCUCCAGGACCAUGCAGUGGAGGUGUUAAAAGAGGAGGUUUGUUAAUUACACCCAGCCCUGUUUUUGUGGUUCUCAGAAACACAGUGAUGUUAUUUUUCUGCCAAAUGUAUAAAGAGCCCCCACCCCCGCCCCCUGUGAAAGUAAAAAAUGGAUAUUGUUUAAUCACCUUGCAUAAACAUUGUGAACCCAGUACCCAGUAAGUGUUUUGUAAACAGUCACACAUACUGCUGAACGAUGAUACUAUUGCACUUGGACCGAAUCACCAUCACUCCUACAUGCAGUAAUAUUGUGGCCAAUCAAUAAUUUGCUCAAAAGCAACAAUGCAUAGUUGCACAUAAAACUAAAAUUUGUCUUUGCAAGAUAAAUUUUAGUUAUUAUGAAAAUACCAAUGUAAGAAAUUAGUGAUGAAUCAUGUGGCGUUGUGCAGUGUUAACAUUAGGGCUCAGAUUUUUAGGUGCUUAAAAGCUGGAGUUAUUUAUUUUUUACAUAUUUAGAAACAUUUGAAAUAUGACAAAUAAGUAAACAUAUUUAAUUAUAAUUUGGUAAAUUUUUGUACAUCUGAGCAACAUGCAGUGUUUAUGGAUGCAGUUUAUGCUACGCCUCACUGAUUGCUGAAGAAUGAAGAUACACAGAGAGAUUCAUUCUAAAGUUGUUCAUUACAAAUCACUGAUGAUUAUGCUGAAACGCUGCCCUAUACUGGAAGAAUGAGUGCUCACUUUAAGAUGUCGGUCUGGAAAAUUUAUGGCAGGUCAGCUCACUCUUUCAUUCAUUCACACACACACACACACACACACACACACAAAUUGAUAGCCUCCUUUUGAUGGACAUUUGAAGUUUUGCCCAGUUUGAAAUUCACUGUUUUCAAACACAUCUGACUUGAUUUUGUAACAUUGGUGCUGUAGAUCCACUAUGACAAUAAAGUUUUCGUUCAAUGUCGUGAACAUACUGAACUGUUUGACAGAAGGACCCCCCACCCCUUUAAAUUUUUUACAUUGUGCUGCUAAGGAAACACAACAGAUAACUAUGGCAAAUUUUUUAACACUGUGUUACUUAACAUUUCCUAAAGUAUUCCAAUUGAAAUUUCAUCCCCUUUCUCUACUACAUCAACCGCUAACGCCAGACCAUCAAAUUUUACUGUAUGCUGCUGGGCUGCAAGGAGUGAAGUUCCCCACUGCGUUACUACUGGGAUAGGUAGCUGUGAUACAUUGGGGUGAAUUCUUCUCAGCAACUUCACUAACAGUUUUCCCCAUUAGAAAUAAAUUUGCCUAAAGAUAUAAUGCUUUAACUUCGUCACAUAGCCUGUGUAAACUAUGCACAGUGCAUGUAACGUUGAUCAUUUUAGAAUAACUUGUCGCGUCCUGGCACAGGUCCCGGAUACCAAUAUAGAGUUGGUCAAGCCUGCGUGGUGCAAUCGGGACGUUGGCGACAAUUAUGGGUUUGUGGUUCCCUUUAACUAGCCUUUAUUAUGAAGGUGAGAGGGAGUAGAAUCUCCUGGACUGUCUAAGGGCGUGUAGAUACAUUAGACAAUACUUUCAAUAGGUAGCAGGUAAAAGUGGGAAUUGGCAGCACUGAACUGUCAAAACAGUAAGGUGAGAUUUCUCCUUUAACGCAAUUUAUUGAACUAAUAUCACAAAGGACAUGUGAGGUGUCAGACCCUUCCCCUUACUCUGUACGCUUCUAUACAUUCAGCCAGAAUCUCCACUUCUCACUCUGUCGGAAACGACUACUCACGAGAACUACCACCUUUGAAUUCACUCUUCAUUUUAAAUAAUGGACCCUUGUCCUAUCUCACAGGAGACAAGCACCACCAAGUGGCUUGUUCCUUCUAUUGCUGAAACUAACUGUAGAGGCUACUUGAGACAGAGACAAACUGUCCCUGUUCAAAACUAUUCCAAUGCGAAACUUCUACUUAACUGACAGUUGUAGUUGCUUCCAUCAGAGCAUCACCAGUCAUCUCGUAGUUGCAGUUCCUAUAGCCUCAUCAGUAGCGGCUGCUACCUUCUCAAUGCUGUCGGGCCUUGUCUGCUUGUGUCCUCUUCAACUUCUGCGAUGGCUCUGUUUCUUGCUGCUCGUGGAUGUCCUUAAAUACCCAUUUUGAAGGUCUGCCCUGCUCGGACGCAGCCCUCGCAUCCGCUUUCUCUAAUUUAUUUUUUGGUCUUCCCGGGCAUUUUGUCGCUGUGGACCUAUAUUGGUUUCAAUAUGUCCAGCAGAGUCCCGGGACGGAAAGUUCUUUCUUGUCCUCCAAGGUCUCGUUCGUAUCCUUGACGUGUUUACUAGCUCAGGCUAUUUGUACUGUGUGACACUUUCCCUUCCGUGUCUGUGGAACUGUGGGUUUCACUGCGCGGCGUCCCCCGUUGCUAAGAAUAGCUAUGUCAUUUUGUUAAUUAAAUCCUCUGGGGACCUGACAAACUAAUAAAACCUGCCAGUGCCUUCUUCAUAAUUAUGUGAUGCAGCAUCUGUUAUUAACCCAUAUUUUGUCAUUUUCACACAUGUAAUGAAUUUGUUGGUAACACUUUGGAAGCUAUUUACGCAAUGCUGACUUUUCAGGAAUGUCAAGAUUUGAAAUUUUGGAGACUAACUUUCUUAACGCUGUAUUACUUACAUUAGAAAGAUAUAUGUUGACUAAAACAAAUAGCUUACACAAAUCUUCACAAUAAACUGAAAAUUUAUGAGAUAUUGCAGAACAUCCUCAAACUGCAUCAUUUAUUAGAAGCUGUUUGUUUAGCAAGUGCAAAACUGCCACCCCCCCCCCUCUCCCCCCACCCAGUUGUUUAACUUGGAAUCGCUGUUUAGUCUUUCCUGCUUUCCCAUAAGAUUGGCAGAACAGGGCAUGUCAAUCUGAAUUAAAUUCUCCUUAAAUUCUGAAACAUACUGCUGCAGUUGAUGAUAAUUUGUUCUUGCUUUUACUUUAGGCAUUGUAGUAUUGCCUUGCACUUCCUAGCACCAGAAAUGAACUACAUGUGAAUAUGUUACUAGGAAGAUGAUACACAUGGUGCAAUAUGGCUAUGGAUAAGGAAAUUCCCAGCUUUUAUGGUAACUGCAACUGAUAAGAUGAUAAACACAGUGCUGCAGGCUGAUACACAGAAAUAGAAUAACUUGUACUUUUCAUUUAGGGCAGCGGACAGGUUCUUCCUCUUUUAAGUAACACACAAAAGAAAAGAAAUAAACUAAAAUAUCUAGCACAUUGAUAAAAAUUGUAAAUAUUGUGUGCAAACAACUGAAAAACAAUAAUUUAUGUAAUUAUAAAAACUUUUUACCUAAAAAUCAGAGCCAUAAUUAUAAUAGGUCAUAAUUAUCUAAUGUGUGUUGCACCCCCCCCCCCUCCGCCCGACCCUUUCUCUCUCUCUCUCUCUCUCUCUCUCUCUCUCUCUCUCUGAAAAAAAGGAUGCUUGAGAUUUCUUCUUGGCUUGACAGAACGCAUUAACAUUUAGCAUCUUUUCUCCUCAGUUUGACUUACUGAAAUAUUCAUAACUGUAGUCAUAACUAAAGACUGGUGCAUAUUUCUGACCUUGAUUACAUACCAAGUUUCCUUUUAUACAUUAGUGACUUCUCAUAUGGCCCACCACUCUUUGUUUGUGAACAUGUCUUUUUCACAUCACGAAUUUGAGUCAAAUGCCAUAUUAUCUGAAACCUUUGUGUCAUAACUGUACUUCUCAAACUAGAAACUGAGAUGACACAUUCAUCUUUUGAGUGUAAAGCAUUAGCUAUGACAGCAGUCCUUCAGCUUUUUUAUGAAUUGGCUUACUUUGCUGUUGAUCUUUAUCAGUAGACACAUAAUUAUGUUGUCCAAAUUUCUAUACAUGGUUUCCACGAAAUGUGUUUGAAAAGGAUUUUUCAGUGACAGAAUUUUAUUUUCAUGUUUACUGUCACACUGGUGCUCCAGGAAAGUUUACUGAAAUCCAGAACUAUUAGAAAUAUAUAGAUUUUUGAUCUGUUAAUUUAACCUUCAUAUUUACUCAAUGAUGCUUAAUUUCUUGUGAUGCUUAAUUUCUUGUGAUGCUUAAUUUCUUGUGAUGCUUAAUUUCUUGUGAUGCUUAAUUUCUUGUGAUGCUUAAUUUCUUGUGAUGCUUAAUUUCUUGUGAUGCUUAAUUUCUUGUGAUGCUUAAUUUCUUGUGAGCAGUUGUAAGUAAGAGGAAUGCAUACUGCUCGGGGAGAAAAACAGCCUGAAUAUGCUUGUGAACAAACAAAUGACUGGGAGGAAUAAAAGUGAAAGCAAUCAUUUACAUAGUGACUGCUAUACAGAAAAAUAAGACUGAACCCUUCUGUCAAUGCAGGACAUGAGUGGAAGCUUCCUCUUUAACACUCUUUUCAUUGGCAUGAUACAUCAGUUACACAAAUAAUGGCAAUUUAGAUUGAUUGGAGUUUUAAUUUUGGUCCAGUUUUCAUUAUUUUCAAUUGUUUCCAAAUCUUGUAUAUUAAAGAUAGGAACUGAAAAAAAUUAGGAACUUCAAAAUUUAGUAAAUGCUGCCCAUUUUGUGUGUUUUGUAGACAAGACAAGAAAGAUAUUGAAAUAUUAUUUUUAAGUUUGUAAUUCCGAAAUUGGUCUGAGUCUCACAGGGGGUAAUAUUGCAUAGUAGGAGGUAAAUUCUUGACUCAGGUCAUUCCCCAAUAUCAAUGAGAUGGGUACCUUGGUGGGGAAGACACUACUCGCAUUGAGGAGGAACACAGAGCGAAUCCCCAGUCAUGUUUAGGUUUUUCUUGGUUUCCUUAAACUGCUUAUAGUAAACACUGGUAAUUCCUUUGCAAUGAAUACUGAAAAAUUCCCUUCCGCACUGUGAACCUGUGCUUAGUCCAUAAUGGUGUCGUUACUGACAUGAUACAUGUAUGUCUUCCUUCCUUUUCCAUAUUUUUUUUCUGUUUCUUAGUUUCUGCAGAUCGUGUGUGUGUGUGUGUGUGUGUGUGUGUGUGUGUGUGUGUGUGUGUGUGUGUGUGUGUUUUUAUGAACUGGGUUCAAGGUGAAAAAACUAAUUGAUUCUGAGGGGUCUUGCAGUUUAGACUGAUUGGAUGACAAAAUACUUAGUGCUUUGUACAUCAAAUAACCACUAUUGUUAUUGUUUCUCCCUCUUUCCCUCUCCUUCAUCUCCAACAUUUUCGUAUUUCAGCUUUAAAACAUCACUUAACAUUUACGCCUAAAUGAGGCUGCCAUGUCUUCACUUCACCAUAAUACUGUAGUAAUGUGAGUAGCUGGUUUGUCAGUAGCUGGUUUGUCAGCUAACAUUACAUACUUUCCUGUGCAACUGAUCCAAAGUAAAAUUUGGUAGGUCAGUAUCUGAAUUGUCAUCUCUGGUACUAUCAAUUCAUCAAGUGAUUUCACGUGGUAAAGUCAUAUUUCUACUUUGCUGUCAUUCCAUAGUUUAAUUUCUCUGUUCAUUAUUCUUUAUUUAAUACUGGCACAUCCUCUGCUGUCAAAAGGCAAUAUUUUUCUUUUCCAGUCAUCAAUGCCACACACAGAAUCUUAAUUUUGCCUUGUAAUUUAAAAAUACCGAUUCGUGUAAUAGAAUCAGAAAAAAAUCAUGUCUUCUCCAGUCAAGACUUCCAAUUUGAAAUAUUACCUUUGUUUAUUAUCCAUGUCUUGUGAUUUUGUUACAAAAUAAUCUUUGUGAAAGUAAAAGCAAAUUUCGGGUAUUGUGACUGAUAAUUACAUUCAUUGAAUGACAAAUACACAGUACUGCAUCACUUGGUCUCAGAUAAAAUGUGAAUAAUUGUAUGAUUGUAAUAAUACAUGAUGGGAGAAUGUUCAUAAUUGCUACAAAAUCAUUUGGCAUGCUUAAUCACUGAUGUAUUUAGAACAAGAUUGACAAAAGGACUAUUAGUUGUAUAUUUUUUUAUCUGUGAUAAUGUUUAAUCAUAAAUGUGACAUUUUAAUAGGAAAAGAAUUAAUGUGAGGCUGUUCAGUAGAAAAUUGCAUGUUAUCAUGCAAAUAACGAAUAGUAUAUUUACUUCAUAUGUGUCAUGAAACUAUCAAAUUUAUUAAUUAAUAAUGUUACCUUAAUUUCAUGUGAAAUUAAUCAAUGCAAUCAUCCUUAGUGAAUCAACAGCAAAUAUUUUGUUAACCAGUCUGUGUGACUUUAUUUGGAAUGAGAGGCAUUGUCUAUGCUUUCAUUGUGUUUGUAGUAGUUUAAUUUCCCAAGUAAUAAGAUGAUAGAUUGUUGAAUGAUAUGUCAGUUUAGAUGAGGAUGACAUGCAGACAUUAUUACAGAUGUAUCUUAAUUGUACAUAGUGAAGAUGCUCAGUAGGUAAACCUGAACAUUUCUAGUGAUUCAAAAUAAGAAAUAUGAAUUCUGAUCUCUCCUGUGAAUUCCAUUGUUUGCAUUGCAGAGGUUGUUAUAUUUUUCAGCACUGUUUCUUGAUCUCAAAAUUUAUAUAAGAAAUUGUAACUUUUUGGCCAAUUGUUAAUAAAAAUCUGUAAUCACUUCUUAAAAUUAUUUAGAUAGUUCACCACCCUAACAGAAUGCAUUAUUUGUCAUACAACACUGGAAUAACUUGUCAGAUAUAGGCUAUUCUU